CCUCCUCCUCCUCCAUGUGACUGAUCACAUGACAGUGACAUCAUCGCAGGUCCUGUGAGCACACGGCUCCUCUACAGAUACAGGUUUCUCCAAUCCAGGAUCCUCUGCUGAUAUCUUCUAUAUAAGAGAAUUCUCCUGGAUGACCCAUCAACCAUGGAGAGAGACAGGAACAAGAUGGCCGACAGGAUCAUAAACCUCACCCUACAGAUACUCUUCCGGCUUACUGGAGAGGAUUACACAGUAGUGAAGAAGUCCUCUAGUGGGCGCUGUGGGGCCCCUGUGUGUGAAGGAUGGGGAAGAACCCUGAGCCCAAUCCCGGGGCCCCCACCUCACUCCCUGAUACAUGAGGAAAUGGAUGAACAGAAGAUCCUAGAACUCAUCAACAAGAUGAUGGAGCUGCUGACUGGAGAGGUUCCUAUAAGGUGUCAGGACGUGGCGGUCUAUUUCUCCAUGGAGGAGUGGGAGUAUGUAGAAGGACACAAGGAUCAGUACAAGGAUCAGGUCAUGAUGGAGGAUCAGCAGCUCCUCACAUCACCAGUCAGAUCCAGUAAGAGAACAGCACCAGAGAGGUGUCCCCGUCCUCUUGAUGAGCAGAAUAUGGAGGACAUUACUACAGGGAAAGAUCUGAUCUAUAUUAAUGCUACAGACAUAAAGGAAGAAGAGACAGAUGUGAGUGGCAAUGAGCAGUAUGAGGAGAACAUUCCUACAGGAAAAUAUCUGAUCUAUAUGAACGCUACAGACAUAAAGGAAGUAAAAGAGACAGAUGUAAGCGGUGAUGAGCAGUAUAAGGAGGACAUUCCUACAGGGAAAGAUCUGAUCUAUAUUAAUGCUACAGACAUAAAGGAAGAAGAAGAGACAGAUGUGAGCGGUGAUGAGCAGUAUAAGGAGGACAUUCUUACGGGUAACCACCCAGAUUCUUGUACCAGGAGUUCAGAGGAGAAUCUUAUAUCUUCAGAUUAUAAAGCAGAUGAUGAUAUCACACAAGAUACAUAUGAAGAACAUUCCAUUAUCCCAGAUACACCCUCAGCCCUUCACAGCCAAGAUCUGUCAUCUCAUCCUUAUAUACAGGUCCUGUCUUCUCAGUCAUCACAGGAUGUUCAGCAAAAUAAAGGUCAGAGAAGGGGUGUUGGACAUCAAAAAGCUCAUUCAGGAAAUAAACCAUUUUCAUGUUCAGAAUGUGGGAAAUGUUUUACUUCUAAAUCAAGUCUUGUUAAACAUAAACAAACUCACACAGGAGAGAAGCCAUUUUCAUGUUCAAAAUGUGGGAAAUGUUUUACUGAGAAAUCAAGUCUUGUUAAACAUAAAAGAACUCACACAGGAGAGAAGCCAUUUUCAUGUUCAAAAUGUGGUAAAUGUUUUACUGAGAAAUCAAGUCUUGUUAAACAUAAAAGAACUCACACAGGAGAGAAGCCAUUUUCAUGUUCAAAAUGUGGUAAAUGUUUUACUGAGAAAUCAAGUCUUGUUAAACAUAAAAGAACUCACACAGGGGAGAAGCCGUUUUCAUGUUCAGAAUGUGGGAAAGGGUGUGUUCAAAAAUCAGAUCUUGUUAAACAUCAAAGAACUCACACAGGAGAGAAGCCAUUUUCAUGUUCAAAAUGUGGGAAAUGUUUUACUCGGAAAUCAGGUCUUCUUCAGCAUAAAAGAACUCACACAGGAAAAAAACCAUAUUCAUGCUCAGAAUGUGGGAAAUGUUCUACUAAGAAAUCAGAUCUUGUUAAACAUCAAAGAAUUCACACAGGGGAAAAGCCAUUCUCAUGUUCAGAAUGUGGGAAAUGUUUUACUCAGCAAUCGCAACUUGUUCAACAUAAAAGAACUCACACAGGGGAAAAGCCAUUUCCAUGUUUGGAAUGUGGAAAAUGUUUUGCUGAGAAAUCACAUCUUGUUCAACAUAAAAGAACUCACACAGGGGAAAAGCCAUUUUCAUGCUCAGAAUGUGGUAAAUGUUUUACUGAGAAAUCAAAUCUUGUUAAUCAUAAAAGAACUCACACAGGGGAGAAACCAUUUUCAUGCUCAGAAUGUGGUAAAUGUUUUACUGAGAAAUCAAAUCUUGUUAAACAUCAAAGAACUCACACAGGGGAGAAGCCAUUUUCAUGCUCAGAAUGUGAGAAAUGUUUUACUGAGAAAGCAAGUCUUGUUAUACAUCAAAGAACUCACACAGGAAAGAAUCCAUUUUCAUGUUCAGAAUGUGGAAAAUCUUUUUAUUUUAAAUCAAGACUUGUUAAACAUAAAAGAACUCACACAGGGGAAAAAACAUUUUCAUGCUCAGAAUGUGGAAAAUGUUUUGUUAAGAAAUCAAGUCUUGUUAAACAUCAAAGAACUCACACAGGAGAGAAUCCAUUUUCAUGUUCAGAAUGUGGAAAAUCUUUUAAUUUUAAAUCAAGACUUGUUAACCAUAAAAUAACUCACACAGGGGAAAAACCAUUUUUAUGCUCAGAAUGUGGGAAAUGUUUCACAGAGAAAUCAAAUCUCGCUAAACAUCAAAGAGAUCGCACAGGAAAGAAACCAUAUUCAUGCUCAGAAUGUGGGAAAUGUUUUACCAAGAAAUCUAAUCUUAUUCAACAUCAAAUAACUCACACAGGAGAGAAGCCAUUUUUAUGUUCAGAAUGUGGGAAUUGUUUUACUUUAAAAUCAAGUCUUGUUAAACAUCAAAUAACUCACACAGGAGAGAAGCCGUUUUCAUGUUCAGAAUGUGGGAAAUGUUUUAUUCAGAAAUCAGACCUUGUGGUACAUCAAAGAACUCACACAGGAGAGAAGCCAUUUCCAUGCUCAAAAUGUGGGAAAUGUUUUACUUUUAAAUCAAGUCUUGUUGUGCAUCAAAGAACUCACACAGGAGACAGGCCAUUUUCAUGCUCAGAAUGUGGGAAAUGUUUUACUCAGAAAUCAGACCUUGUGGUUCAUCAAAGAACUCACACAGGAGAGAAGCCAUUUCCAUGCUCAAAAUGUGGGAAAUGUUUUACUUUUAAAUCAAGUCUUGUUGUGCAUCAAAGAACUCACACAGGAGACAGGCCAUUUUCAUGCUCAGAAUGUGGGAAAUGUUUUACUCAGAAAUCAGACCUUGUGGUACAUCAAAGGACUCACACAGGAGAGAAGCCAUUUUCAUGUUCAGAAUGUGGGAAAUGUUUUACUGAUAAAUCAAGUCUUCUGAAACAUCAGAAAACUCACACAGGAGAGAAUGCAUUUUCAUGCUCAGAAUGUGGGAAAUGUUUUACUCAUCAUUCAAGUCUUAUGCAGCAUAAAAGAACUCACACAGGGGAGAAGCCAUUUUCAUGUUCACAAUGUGGGAACGGCUUUACUAAGAAAUCAAAUCUUGUUAGACAUCAAAUAAUUCACACAGGGGAGAAGCCAUUUUCAUGUGCAGAAUGUGGGAAAUGUUAUACUCAGCAAUCACAUCUUGUGAAACAUAAGAGAACUCACACAGGAGAGAAGCCAAUUCAGAGCAAUAAAUGAUGCAGAUAACACAUCUAUAUAUUAACCUCUUAGUAAAGGAAACCAUGAGCGAUGCAAUCUGUGCUUCUUAUGAAAUACUCAGACACUGUUAGAUGCUUUGCCACAGUUUUUAUUUUUCUGCUGGUCUGUCAUAUAUUUGGCAUAUGUUAUGUCGGACAGACCAGCAGAAAAAUAUAAAUUAGAAUAAUGUUACAUAAAAACAACAUUAUAAAGGCUAUAAACACUAAAACAGUGAGUGAAUCAUCUAAAUUCAGUGAAACUACUGUCGCGAGACAUUUUUUAGGAAAACAACAUAAUGUGAAGGAAGUAAGGUGACAAAUCUAAGAACAAAUUCACACUGAAGGGAAUGAGAAUAUAAAGCGCAGGCGUCUCUUGUAAAGGGAAGUAUAUUGGAAAACCUACCUGGACACGAUUUCCCCAUCUGUAGAUGAAAGCUUAUUUAUGAAUGAAUAUUGUAAUCCACCAUGUUUUGUGAAAUGCAACUAGAUGUAAAAUGACUUAUAAAUCUGUUACUUAAGAUAAUUGUAAAUGUUCCUUUAAGAGAAAUCCCUCGAUUGUGAACAGGUGGCAUCCCACCUCAAAUAUCCUGGAAUCUCAGGCUCUAGUACACAUGAGUAAGGGGGCGUUCCCCCGAAACGUCAGACCCUGAUGGCUCCCGAACAAUGAACACCAUCUCUGCUGGGACGACUAAUAACAUCUGCAGCUUCCAAUGUUACAGCUCCGAAUGUUUUACCAAAAUGAUCGAAUAAAGAAAAA